UGAAACUUCAUUUUCUAAUCAUUUGUGUAUUUUAAUUUUUGUCCUCGAAUUUAUUCACUUUUUCUAAAUAAUUUCGACUCGCCUAAAAUAAAAAAAAAACAACUAUACAAUGAGUAUUUCGGAUGUAUCCACCGAGUCAGAGUUGACCGUGGCCGAAGAGGAGGAAGAACGCAUUAAUAUCGGACUCUACAUUGGCCAACGCAAUGCUGCUAGCCAACGACAUGGUCGAGGCUGGGCCAUUCUACCGAACGGUGAUCAAUAUGACGGACAAUAUCGUCAAGGCAGGCGUCAUGGCAUCGGUUUGUAUGUGUUUAAGGAUGGUUCACGCUAUUAUGGGUCCUAUCGAUGUGGACACCGUUCUGGUCGCGGCAUGUUCAUAUAUCCCGACGGCAGUAUGUACGAGGGAUGUUGGCGCAAGAACAUUAAACACGGCAAAGGACGCUAUAAGUACGUAAACGGCGACUGUUACAUGGGCAACUGGUAUCGUGGACUGCGACACGGCGUCGGCGUUUACUGUUAUAAAUCUAGUGAUUGCGGGGAGCUCCGUUUCAAAGGCACUUGGCGUUUGGGUUUUCGUGUUGGACCAUUUCAAAUAUUUUUCGGCAAUGAGGAUCAUUCAACUAUAUUGCAUGGCACUUGGGAUAAUGAGUAUCCACAAGGACCGGCCGUGUUUACCUUUAACGAACGUUACAUGUUGAUGGGAUACUUCCAAACGCCCGGUAUGGGUUAUAAAGUGAAUAGGGAAGUUGAAGGCGAUGCGGAAGAAGUUCUUGCUGAGGCAGAGGGAGUGCGCGAUGAACCUGGUGCAUUCAUUGAUAUGCUGCCGUCAAAGUGGUUUGCACAAGAUAUUUGCUGCUAUGAUUACUCGCAAUUGCCACAAGAGCCAAUACCCUUGCCACUGUCCGAUUCGGAAGUGUCUGUGUGUUCAUUGAGCACAGUGCCCACGGAGUUGACACUCGAGCGUAGUGUUCUAUAUGUGGGCGAGGCAGAGGAAGAAGGAGAGGGCGAGUGUGUGGAGUGUAUACCGUGUGAGGGUGUUAGUGAGAGUGAAAUAGAGACGGAAAGUGAGCCCAUUUGCAGUCCACAAGGCGAUCCCUGUGCCAUCGAAAUCAUCGACGACAAUAAGGAAUGUUGAAUAAUGGUUGAAUUCACUUACUGUUUUCUCUUUUGACAUAAAUAACUAAACGUUA